AUGCUCGUGCUCACAUUCGUCUGCUAUUUCUUAAUUGCUACAGUAUUGGCUGAAUUUCGGGACACCGUCGUUCCGGCGGGUUUGCAGCAAACGUAUAAGGGUAUUCCGGGGAAUAGGGCCGAGAAUUUGGACAAUAAUAUUCGGCUGCUGGCAGUGUUGGCGUUGCAGCAGAAUGGUUUCCACCUCUACGGCCAACACUGGUAUCGGCUCUACGAAAUGGACCUCCACUGGGUGCCAGCCGAGAACUACUGCCGCUCCAUGGGCGGCCACCUAGUCAGCAUCGUCGACCGUGCCGAGAAUGACUUUGUCCACCAAAUACGAAAGAAAAACAACAUCUGGAUCGGUCUGAACAAACUGAACGACACGCGCCAGGUUUACAAGUGGAGCGACGGGCAGUCGGCCGAUUACAUCAACUGGGACUCGACGCAACCGAACGAGCCGAAGGUGGACUGCGUGUACAUGGCGUACAGCCAGGAGCAGCCGGGCACCUGGUUCGACUACGGCUGCUGGGAGCACCGGCAGCAGUAUUUCGUAUGCAAACUGCCGACGCCU